UUUCUCUGGAGCCCUGGCUGUGCUUCCUUUGCUGGCCAGGAUCAGAGGGCCGGUCACCAGGAUGCAGGCCCAGCACAAGGAGCAUCUGUACAAGCUUCUGGUGAUCGGAGACUUGGGCGUGGGCAAGACCAGCAUCAUUAAACGAUACGUGCACCAAAACUUCUCUUCGCAUUACCGAGCCACCAUCGGUGUGGACUUCGCGCUCAAGGUGCUUCACUGGGACCCAGAGACUGUGGUGCGCCUGCAGCUCUGGGACAUCGCAGGUCAAGAAAGAUUUGGAAAUAUGACCAGGGUCUAUUACCGAGAAGCUAUGGGUGCAUUUAUUGUCUUUGAUGUCACCAGGCCAGCCACAUUUGAAGCAGUAACAAAGUGGAAAAGUGAUUUGGACUCAAAGUUAACUCUCCCUAAUGGCAAACCGGUUUCAGCAGUUCUGUUGGCCAACAAAUGUGAUCAGGGGAAAGAUGUACUCCUGAACAAUGGCCUGAAGAUGGACCAGUUCUGCAAGGAGCAUGGUUUUGUAGGAUGGUUUGAAACAUCAGCAAAGGAAAAUAUAAACAUUGAUGAAGCAUCCAGAUGCCUGGUGAAGCACAUACUGGCAAAUGAAUGUGACCUAAUGGAAUCUAUACAGCCGGACGUCAUCAAGCCCCAUCUCGCCUCGCCCAGGGUUGUCAGCUGCUCCAGCUGUGCCAAAUCCUAGUGGGCUCCUCUCUUCAUCUAUGAUGGAAAUUAUCCCAUCUCCCCAUCCCUUGUGCCUUAAUUUUUACCAUU